AUGGAUCACCUCCAACAUUUCUCGCCGGGUAUACUCGCCUACCCAGACCCUUCCGAAUUCGACUACUCGACCUUCCUCCAGCAAGCCGAAGAGAUUCCCUUCCACAACCCGUCGCACAGCGCUUCAGCUGGAACCAUUUCAGAAUCAUCUCCCGGUCAAGCGACGCCACCUAGUUCAGAUGGACGAAGCACGUCCGGCGCUACAGACAUGUCGCUUGCACGGCGACAAUCUACGCAGAAGCAGAGGCUGGAGCGCAGAGGACACACCAAGAGCAGACGCGGAUGCUACAACUGCAAGAGGAGGCGCAUCAAGUGCCAGGAGACUCGCCCUGCUUGCGGUCAUUGCGUCAAGACUGGCUUGAAGUGCGAAUACCCCUCCAUGCCUCAGAUCACCCACCAGCCUCACCAUCAGAUUCCUCUUUUCAGUUUACAAGACAUGCGAUUCUUCCAGCACUUCCUCACCCAGUGUUACCCCCACCACCCGCUAAAGCAGGAGGAGAUUUGGACCCAUGAGAUCCCAUGCAUCGCCCAUAAUCAUGAAUUCUUAAUGCACGCCAUCUUGGGCUUCGCCGCAUCGGAGCUUGUCCCCACCGAUAGCUCCUUUGUCCAAGCAGCGAUGAACCACCGCAUCAAAGCUAUCAAGGCCAUCAAGAAGCGACUUUCCGAAUCUGCGCGCGCGCAAACUAGUUACGAAGAAGCCAACGCCCUGGUUGCGACUUGUUUUGCCUUGACCUUUCAGUCUGUUAGUCUGGAGGACGGUCUAGCAGAGUACAUGACCUUCAUCCGAGGUAUUCUCAUUGUGGGAAUGCAAAUGAUGUUCAAGGGCAUAAAACCAAUCUUCGAGCAAUUAUUUGAAGAUCGACAAGAUGAAAUGAUGGAACCGUAUCUCCGGGACUUGCCACUGAUUCAGCGAGGUUGGGCCGACGCCGCCAUUGAAGCCAUCUCCAACCUCCGACCAUUGUGUGUUGAAUCCGUCGAAAUUGAGUAUUACGAACAGCUUCUUGGCAUCGCGGAGAAGCUCAAUGUGAAUUCAUUUGACGCAUACAAAUCCAACGGCAGACAAUACGCUUGGUGGAUGAUGUUACCACACAGCACUUUCCAGCAACUCAUCAAUCUCAACCGACAGAGCAUGAUUCUCCUACACGCGCAUUGGAUUGCGCUGUCGCAGAUCAUGGCCUUCAUCACGGAGCGCGAGUAUGAUGUUCGCGACAAGCGGCCGAGUUCAAAUACAACCGACCAUGGACCCGCACCGGGCUUUGUCAAAUGGUUAAAAUUUCUCAACGCAAGAGUAGACUAUGAGCAUCAAAUGUAUAACCAGUGGCCGCUGUGGGUAGAGGCACAACUGGAUAAAGACGUUACGUUUUUUGGGAGGCGACUCUGA